AUGACUGAAGUUAAUAACAAGUCUGUUAUAAAUGAAGCAAUAGUUAAAGAUAAUAUCAGCGGAGCUGGAACGACCAAUGUUCAUCCGUUUCAAGAAUUAGUGAAAAUAGUGAAACCCAAGAUUCAGCAAAAUAUUAUAAACGCAAUAGCAAACCUGGAUAUUUCUCAGCAACAUAUUCUAUGCAAAGCUAGAAAAAAACUAAUUUUUAAUGAUACUGCAUCUGAGUCCUUAUCCACAUCUGAAUUUGGGUCUAGUUCUGAAUCAUCUAAUGAUGAUGAAGAUUUUACUGUGAAAGUG